AUGACCAAUAACAUACUGCCACGCGGCCAUCUUGAGCGAAUUUGGGCGCCUGUACCUCACCUACGCAACGAAGAGAAGUGCUGCACGUUGAAACCCGACGGUUCACAAUUCAGACUCCACAGAGAUCAACUCCUGGAUUGGGAGAACUUCACCCAAGAGAUAAAGGUUCUGUCUAAUCCCUACUGUGGGAACCAUUAUCCCUUUAUGCCCGCUGUACCAAACGAGACCUUUGGUGUAGCAAAUGAUCUAGAGGUGCAGGGUCAUUUCGUCCAAAGCGCCCUACACCCCGUGGGUGAAGCCUUGAAUUACCUGAAUUUGGGUAUGUUCUUUGGUGACUCACAGUGGGGGGUUAACCACCGGAAGGGUGACAAGAAAAAGAAGCACGGUCGUGACGAGAGCGAAGAUGAGGUGGUCAAGAAAGGGGGAAAGAAGGGAACUCUGGUUUCAGACAUCGUCAUCGUUGAGGACGAGCGUCACACGAUCCGAGCCUUGUGCGAGGUAAAGACGCACUGGGCGUUCGAGCCAGGAAAGGAAGAAACUUGGAAGAGUUUCAUAGCUCGAAAGUCUGGCCAGCUCGCUCGAUACAUGGACGACCAUCACUGCAGGUAUGGCAUCUAUACGGUCUAUGAGUAUACUUGGUUCUUGAAAAGGGUCGAUGACACCCACUUGGCCGUGUCUCAGCCAAUAAGUGCCAGUUCUGUCUCAACGUCUACUGCCCUAUCGCUCCGGGAAUGCCUACUGGCUCUUGUCAUCGCGGGCGCUGAUGAAGAAAGGAGCUACUACCCUGCCAGAUAUGGCAAACUUUUAACUACUCGAAGGCACACCAUGAUCGAGAAACCCACCUAA